UACCACCCUACCCAUCGCACUUGUCAAAAUAGUGUUGCUUGUCCCUGGUAUUCCAAGAAUCUCCACUUCUUCAAUCACCCUCGUUUCUAUCCCCCCGCUCAACAAAACAACAAACAAACCUUCCACCAUGGCCGACACAGACGCUCCCGCAACGUGCACUGUCUGCUUCAAGUCCGGCUCAGACGCCAUGCCUCUCAAACGCUGUGCCAAAUGCCAGACGCAACGGUACUGUUCCCGGGAAUGCCAAAAGGCCGACUGGACGAAGCACAAAAAGACCUGCGGCGAGAGCGCUGAUGAGAAGCUCCCCAACCCUUUCGUCACACAAAAAGCUUUCCCCCGUCCCCAAACCCUCGAAGUGCAUAUCCAGAAACCCUUCCACGAGCUGCACAACAAGACUUGGCUACACAACCGCCAUGAAAACGACGUCUACCAGCUGCUCAUCGACGUGUACCGGAUGCGGAUGGAGGAUCGAUAUGUCUUUUUUGGGGAUGCGGAUCUGGAUUGUAUCUAUGGCGGUGCACCGCAUAGUGGCAAGGAGUUUCGGCGAUUUUUGCGUCUGACGGAGGGCCACCCCGGCUUGUUGCCUGAAUGGUGGUCCUCUGAGAACGCGAUGGAGUGUAUGGCGUUCGGACUGAGACCGCCAAACGGCUGGAGCUCGCUUGCUCACCCGGUGGAAAAGGCGGACGUUAUAGACCAUCAUAAGGAUCCGUCGUUCCCGAUGCAAUUGCGAAUGUUCGGGGAACAGGUGUGGGGGAUGGGACCGGCUGGACUGCCUGGGGCUGUUAUGAUGCAACAGAUGAUGCAAGUGGAGAGAGGGGAGGGAGUUAUGAUCUUGGAGAAUCAUGCAAGUGCCAUGAGAUUUGCUUAGGGGCUUGCUGAUGAUGAUACUAUGUUGACGGGUGGAUACACAAAGAUACGAAAAGGCUAUCUACUGUUCAUUGGGGACCUUUGUUAGAUAUCCAAGCUUAUCACAAAUGCCAUGUAGCCGAAAACGUCG